CAGUAUUCUGUCUAAAUGCUCCUGAGGUUUUUGGACUGUGCUUUCCCCCACUAACCCUCUGAACAAGCAGUCUGGCUCCUUUUCUCUUGGAUUAUGGAAAUGUGGUCAUGGCUAUAGGCCAUACACUGAGAGCAUUGGGGAGGAAUGACUUUCAAGAAAAAAAAAAGAUCAAUGAUGUUCCUAUCUCUACUGCUGUGUGCCAUCUGUCCCUUUGUCCUGCUGUCCUCUGCUGUCCCUGUACCAGGAACAGAUGAAACAAGGCUCUUGAAAGUUACAAUCCCUGACAGCCAUCCUGUGCCUGCCGUUUUGGGAGGAUCCUUAACCCUGCAGUGCAUUGUGUCACUGCCACCAGCGUCCGUCUUGGGCCGCGUGGCUGGGAAUGCCAAUCCACGGGUAAAGUGGAGCAUGAUCUCCACAGGACGAGAGACUGAGAUCCUUGUAGCACGAGGGGAGAGGGUGAAAAUCAGUGAGGCUUAUAAAGGUAGGGCCUCUCUGCCAAACUAUGACUCCUCUCCAGAUGAUCUGACACUCCAGCUGGACAGCCUGAGACACAAUGAUACAGGAUUCUACCGCUGUGAGGUCCAGCAAGAAUUGGACGAUGCUCAUGAUCUGGCUCAGAUCAAAGUAAAAGGCGUUGUGUUUCACUACCGACAUGCCUCCAGCCGCUAUGCUUUCUCUUUUGAUGACGCCAAGAAUGCAUGUGAAGGCAUUGGAGCUCAGAUUGCCACUCCAGAGCAGCUUCUGGCAGCAUACCACAGUGGUUAUGAGCAAUGUGAUGCUGGUUGGUUAGCAGAUGGAUCCGUCAGAUAUCCUAUCCAUAUGCCUCGUGAGGGCUGUUUUGGAGAUAUGGAUGGCCUGCCAGGGGUCCGGAACUAUGGCAUGUUGGAGCCUGAUGAGCUUUAUGAUGUUUAUUGCUAUGUUGAGAACAUCCAUGGUAAAGUGUUCUAUGGAUCUACCUCAAAGCGAUUUACACUGGCUGAGGCUGAAGCAUAUUGUGAGCAACAGGGUGCUCAAUUAGCCAGCACAAGUCAGCUAUACGCUGCAUGGAAUGAUGGUCUUGAUCACUGUAGCCCAGGUUGGCUAGCUGAUGGUAGUGUGCGCUAUCCUAUUGUAAACCCAAGAGAGCGGUGUGGAGGGCCUGAACCUGGUGUUAAGACAGUCUUUCGCUACAGCAAUCAGACUGGCUUUCCUGAACCUCACACUCGCUAUGAUGCCUACUGCUUCAGAGGAGAGCUUAGUUCUCAGACAGUCAACCCAUUUGAUUACAUGGCCACAGAGCCAGAGGACAUUGUGACUUUAACUGACACAGAGGAAGAGUUCAGUCUAGGUCAUGCGACCCAGAAGACAGAAAAUGAGGCUCAAGGGGCUGUUGAGAUUUUCUCAUUCUCCAGCAAACACACAGUUAAGACAGAGGGGCAUGACCCUACACCAUCCCCAUUUGAUAAAGUUCAUACAACUGCUGCUAGCAGAAAUAUUCUCACCACUCCAGGAGUAUAUGGACAGAAACCUGAGCCGACUCAGAGCUCCUGGCAAGAAGUGCUUAUAAAGCCCACUGACUCUGAAGUAGUGCCAAAGAUACACCUGCAGCCUAGCUGGAAUCAACCAAAGUUAGCAGACGACCAAGAUAAAGAGAAUACAACAGCCGAUUCAGAAGUGAAGAUGGACAAUCAUACAUACUAUCAACCAAUGCCAGACACCAGCCUGGAGCCAGUAGAGCAAGUGGAAUACAAAACAUUUACAGAAAGUAAACCAAACACAACCACUGACAACUUGGAGCCAUUGUAUGAGUUUACAGAGAUAAAAAUAUCUAAAUCCAUGACUGAGACCAAACUUGAUCAAAAUGGAAGCCAUGUGGAUGAAUAUUCAACUGUAGUAGAAGCGCAAGCAGGUAACAUCACUGUGGGCCUGGAAACUGAUGUCACUGUGGAAUUCAGAACUCAGUCUACUUCUUCAGAAAUCACUGAGGGCUCAGGAAGUGAAAUGACUACAGAAUUUGCAGGGUCGAUUAACCCCAAUGUCACCCUAAGUCAAGAAGAUUUGUAUGAACAUUCUUCAGCUGAAGCCACAACAGAGAGUUCUUUGCUGGAAGAUCUAAGUCACCCUACACUGAGUUUUCCUCAAAGUCUUGAGCAGACUGUUGCAACAGACACUUCCAGUACUAUAAAUCAAGUGGAGCAAGAAACAGGGCAUACUUCAGCUGAAUCUCUAGUAGUAUCUCUUGGUUCAGCUGAUAAUGACAGUGAGUCAGAAGUGACUGCGACACCUGUAUAUUUACCUGAGAAACAAACAGAGCCCAUUGAUGGUUCUGGUGAUGAUGACAAUGUGCUACUGUUGACUCGUCGGACUACACAAGCACCUCACUUGUUAGACACAUCUAUUUCCCCAAAGCCACUGGAUAUCGGGCUGGACUCUCCUGUUCCGGAGAGUAGUACUCCAUCUGGGAUCACUAUCAUAAACGAGGAGGUGAAUCAGUUUGUGCAUGAGAGGGUGGAAAAAGCACCGGUCCUGCAUACCACGGCAACAACUCCACUGACUGAGACUAAGACAAUGUCAAACAAAGACAACACUGGCGAUGAAGAUAACUCAUCAGGAGCAGAAAACUCUUCUGGAGGGGGAUCUUUGGUAACAGACCUCCCCCAUCUAAAUGCUGCUCCAAUCAUACCCUUUAACUCCACAAACCUGCUUCUCCUGAACACAACAAAGGUUAAUAAUAGUGAAAAUGUUUCCAGCACCACUCAUUUUACUGUGGAGGUUACACUGAUCCCAGACAUGACAACACCAAUCUGGGACAUUGUGACUCCCCCAACUCCACCACAGGAGUUCCGGGCAGAUGUGGAGAUCAGCGGUGAUUUCCCAGUAACCACAGAUGACCCUAACUCCUCAGACGAGUCAGACUCUACUGCAGCUCCCACCACUGAGAAACCUAGGGAGACCCAGAGUCUGACAUCCUCUAUGGCAACCAAUGACAAGGAGCAUGAAGAUCAAGACUUGACUACCACCCAGAGUCUGACAUCCUCCAUGGCAACCAAUGACAAGGAGCAUGAAGAUCAAGACCUGACUACCACCACAGAAUCUCCCAACAGCAAGGAAGAGGAUGAACUGACAACCCAAACCCACCAUACAUCCUCCUCACCCCCCAGACCAACUGAUAAAGUGUUGGACAGAACAGGCAUAUCAGAUGGUUGUUUGGAGAAUCCAUGUUCUAAUGGAGGCACCUGUGUAGACAUCAGUACUACUGUCAAAUGUCUGUGUCUGCCAACCUAUGGGGGAGAAUUCUGCCAAAUUGAUCUGGAGCAGUGUGAGCUAGGCUGGGAAAAAUUCCAGGGCAACUGUUAUAAGCACUUCUCAAAACGUCAGAGCUGGGAGGUGGCAGAGCAGCACUGUCGGAUGAGCGGCGGUCACCUGGUCUCUGUUAUGUCACCUGAAGAGCAAUAUUUCAUCAACUAUAAGUACAGGGAGUACCAGUGGACUGGUCUUAACGACAGGACCAUUGAGGGUGACUUCCGUUGGUCUGAUGGAAACCCGCUGCUGUAUGAGAACUGGUAUCGUGGUCAGCCUGAUAGUUAUUUCCUAUCAGGAGAGGACUGUGUGGUGAUGGUGUGGCAUGAUGAUGGCCGCUGGAGUGAUGUACCCUGUAACUAUCAUCUGUCCUACACUUGCAAGAAGGGCACCACUGUAUGUGGCCAGCCACCUCUGGUAUUGAAUGCUAAGCAGUUUGGUGAACGACAAACCCGAUAUGUGAUUAACGCUCUGGUGCGUUACCACUGUGAGGAGGGUUUCCUUCAGAGACACAACCCUGUCAUCAGGUGUCAAAGUAACGGACAGUGGGAGGAGCCACAGAUCACCUGUACACCAAAACCAGUGGAUUUAAAUAGAAAACAAGUUACUUUGCCCUCUGAAAAGAACCAUGAAGCCACUAAUAAAGCAAAAGAAAAAUGGUGGAGCUUUUAAACCAACCAUCUUCUUUUUUUUUUAUUUUUCUUUCUUUCCUUUACCUUUCCUUUAAGAGACCUGCAUUACUCAUCAUUCAUACUGUCACUGUUUCAGACAAAACUUACAUUGUUCUACUCCAGUCAGAUUUUUUUCAUACAACUUUUCUCUGUAGAAAAUGACACUGAAUUACAUAUUGUGUAAUUCUAUGACACACAGACAUAACUUUCGCCCAAAUUGUAAGUAAAUACAGAUCAGAGUUUCCAAACACUAGAGGUUCAUAUUAAAGCACUAGCAAACACUGCAAAAUGCAAAUGCUAUUUAACCUCAGCUGGUCUGAAUUAAAUUGUUGCCACUGUCUCAUAAAGACUUAAUUUCAUCCUACUAAAAGUUGUCAUUACUGCCCCCUGAAGGCAGAACAACAUAGACAGGGAGAGGGUGAACAGAGAGGAAACAGCACAUUGUUGAGUUCAAUCAGAUGAUAAACUGAAAAGAUAACAAAUCAUUUUGAUCUGUAUUAAAACCAUUCCUUCAGCAUCAAAUAGUAUUUAAUACAAUUCAUAGAUUCCAUACUUUAAUCUAAGGGAAUGUGGAAAAAGAGGGUUAGGAGAGGCAGGCCCUGGCCUAUUUCACUUAACCCAGUAAUGGAAAUGAGGUUAAUAGUACUGUCUGGCAGCUGUCAUUCUGAUGUUUGCACACAGUAAAUCCUGUGCUCCUCAGCCAUGCAGAAUACAGUUAUAAUCAACUUAUUUGGUGUUUAGAAAUCAAUUACCUAAUUUCCUAUUUUACUGCACAAUUUAGUUAAAAUCUCUGACCAGGAGUCAUCAAAUCUGGCCUACAGAUUCCCAGACAACAUGCUAGUUUUACUGUGGUCUUAUACAUCUCUUGAUUGAGAGUCUCUGUUUCUUACAGUACCAAAAACUAGCUUGAUAUUUCAGUAUCCAAGCUUUAAGAGAACAAUAAGCCCUUUUAAGGCUCUUUAAGAAAAUAUACAUCCUUAGAUACAGUGAGAUGAAAUCGAUUUUGUAAAAAAAAAAAAUCCUAUGUGUGGAAUUAUUUGUGCCUGGCUGUGAAACACAAGCUUUACAUUUUCUAGUAAUUUGGUGCUCAGUUGUUUUCAGGUCUCUUAUUUGCUCUGGGGAAUAAUCAGUCCUUUAUGAAAGCUGUUCCUAACAUCAUAAGAAGUAACAAUGUUUUUACUGACCUAAAGAUUUUAUUUCUUUAUUCUGCAUUUUUGGUGACAUACUGGUUGAGUGUACACUUUUUUGAGUGAUCAUAUCUUUCUGCUUUUUCUUUAAAUGUUUCAUUGUUCUUCAGAAAUAUUUGAUUUAAGUCUAAUCAAAUUCAGAUUCAAAAGACAAGGCAAAUUUGUCUAACUCGGUAUAAAAUCCACUAUCCUCACUAAACAUGGGAAAAUAAUAGUUAGUUUUAGGAUGACAAAAUGAAGACUUUUGGAUGUAUGUUAGUGAAUCUAAUUGGCUGUGAAGCAUAGAUCAAUGAAUGGGUUACUAAUACACUAAUCAGUGCCACUAGGUCCAUCAUUUAGAUUUGUGAAGCACUUUACUGAUUUUGUACACAACUGUUUUGUGGUAAUUUAUUUUACAGCUUGGUUUUUCCCCUGGGAAAAAAUAGUGUGGAAUAAAGCCUGGAAGAAAUAAAACAAAGACUUCAAUUACUAACUUCACAAAAAUUGUCAUAAAAAAUUUUAUUUAUCUGCUCAUUUUGUUGUGUUUAUGUUUUUUUUAAAAAAAAAAAGUCAAACCAUCUGGUAUAUGGUGCCAUACUGCUACAAUUUGUAGGAUUCUGUAU